UGCUUCGAGGCGAACGAGGAAGUUGCGCGUGAGGACAGUACCACGCGCACCGCCCACUCGCUCCUCGUGCCCGCCGUGGAAAGACAUCUGCAGGAACGUCAACAUGCAGGACUCCACCGAAACCCGCCGGGCGAUACCGUCGACCUCUGCACCCGCCAUGCUUCAGCCCGACUCGAUGAACGCGGAGACCGCCUCGCUGCCGGGCAGCCGCCGAAACCCGCUCGAUGUCUUCACCAGCAUGUUCAGGCGGCGUUCGCUGCGACCGGCGGGCGGGCCGAGCAUGACGCAGUCGUCGGAUCGGAUCUGGGAACUGCUCUCCACGUCGCCGGUGCGCGUGCGCAACCUGGAGCAGGACAUGGAGGCACUGCGCCAGUCGCGUCAUGACAACCCUUACCUGCAACAGCAGAUGGAGCGAUUCUCGAUUCAGGACGAGCCCGCGGCGGCCGACGAGCGACAAAUGCUCUUCCCGCCCGAUGACUUCCGCGACCUGCACAAGCACCUGAUCCGCAGCCCGCCGCCCCAGUUCCCGCAGGAUGUGGCGCACUUCGUCUUCCCCGGAUCACCGCCAUCGGAGGACGAGACCAUGAUGGAACCCGAGAUGCUGGGCCACGCGGGCCCAUACAGUGCGGAACCGACGCGCCAGGUGCCGCAGGAAACGCGCGACCAGAUGUCGUCCAGCUACCCGGCGGACGACGUACACCGCGGCUUAGCCCGUGCCGCGGCCACUACCCGGUGAAGGGUGGCGCGGCCCCGCCGAGCCCCGGUUUGCCGGCGGUCCCGCAUCGCUCAAGUGGUCGCCGGUGAACCGAGCGCGUGCGGACCCCAGGGCUCAACCACCUCUGCUGCCACGCUGGCGGACCAGUGGGGGACGCGCCCUUUGGCAGUGCUGCUUCUGCGGACACCGGCGGGGACGUCCCUCGCUUCGCAAAGCUCCCUUCAACAGCAAAUGGUUUUCAAGAGCGACUCAGAGCUGCAAUGGGUCCAGGACGGGGCGAGACAUUUGCGAAAACAGCAGACACUGCGUCCAUACGUUAAAGAGCGCUGUGCUCCUCUUCUGUAACAGAAACUGCCAAAGGCGGCAGCAGUUUCGCGCAGGUUGCGUGGCUUUCCCCGGUAGGUAAAGAAAGUUAACGGGCCAAUUAACGCAAAGCAGCCACCAUUCUUUGCUUUAGAAUGUUGUUGCGUGUGGAUGACGGAAGCAGGGUUGUAGUCGCGACAUGGGUGGAAAAAAAAGAAGUUGCCAACUUUUUUUUCGCCUAAGCUGAUUGGAUCUGUCAGCAAGGGCAAAAAAUUGUGCCAUAACUGUCCGAGCCACUUGCAGCGCGUAGCGGCUGCGGUGCGCGACUUGAGUGGCCUUACUGGCUCUUUCGUGAGCGGCUGGUGCUAACCUGUCAAAGAAUGUUCUAGACGUUGAAGACUUUGGUGCGAAGACCUGCUUGGUCGCGUGGAGUGGAAGCAUUGCAAUACCUGUACAGUUUACAUCAGCGCCAAAAAGAACAGAAAAAGACACGCUUGAAGGCAUUCAUAGAGUUGUUCAAAAAGUUAUAAACCAGGGGCUGAAUUCGCAAAGCUCUUCGUUGUUUGCAGGCGUAUAUAUUCGGUGCGGGACGGGGCUAAACGGAACGGUUCGUUGUUUAACGGCCAUCUUCACUCAUCCCACAUUUGCUAUCACGAUCGGCUGAAACGUGUUCUUACGGACCGCAAUAGCGCGUAUGAAGUGCUUUGUGAAUACGGGCCCGGAGUUUGUUUUUGCUCACGUCUGGGCGCCCAGACUCAUAGAAGUAACGACGACACACGAUAACCUCUUGUUGCCUCCUUGUCUUUUUGUCUCACUUCAUUAAAUAGCAAAGCACGUUCAUUUA